GCUGCUAUAAAGCAGCAGCAAUGAGGGAUGAGAGAAGAAAUAGUGAUUCAAAGAAGCAAAAGACACAUCCUGCAUGUGAAUUUCCACCGCUGCUCCUGUGUGUGUUUGUCGUCGAGGGACAAUUGGACCUGCAGAGGCAGAUUUGACCGAGCGGCUCUAUUGUUCCUGAAAGCCACAGACUCCGGCUCCAGCAGCCUCCCUCACUUCCAGUGAGGCCAGUGAAGUGCUACCUCCAACCCAGCCGAGAUGGCUCCCUCCCUGGCCACAGCUUUCUCCCGCCGCUGGUGGAUGGCGGUGACGGCGAUCAUUGAAAACCUGCUUUUCUCUGCUGUGCUCCUGGGCUGGGGAUCCCUGCUCAUCAUGCUCAAGUCAGAGGGCUUCUACUCCUACCUGUGCAAAGCACCUGAUAACAGCUCCAGCCUCAACCGCUCCAACAUCAACACCUCUGCGCCAUCUGAUUCUGAGGAGUACCUGGAGAUGAAUGGCUGGCCCAUCUGCAAGGACCAGGAUGAGAUGCUGAACCUGGCUUUCACUGUGGGCUCCUUCCUGCUGUCUGCCAUCACCCUGCCCAUGGGCAUCGUCAUGGACAAAUAUGGUCCACGAAAGCUACGACUUCUGGGCAGUGCCUGCUUUGCGUUCUCUUGCCUCCUCAUCGCCUACGGUGCCAGUGAUCCCAACAAUCUGUCCAUCCUGAUCUUCUUUGCUUUGGCGUUGAAUGGGUUUGGAGGCAUGUGCAUGACCUUCACUUCACUGACACUCCCCAACAUGUUUGGAGACCUGAGGUCAACCUUCAUUUCUCUGAUGAUUGGAUCCUACGCCUCCUCUGCUGUCACUUUUCCCGGCAUCAAGGUGAUUUAUGAUCUGGGUGCAACCUUCAUCAUCAUCCUGCUGGUGUGGGCCGCCUGCGCUUGCCUCGUCUUCUUCAACUGCUUCGUCAACUGGCCUCUGGAGCCCUUCCCCGGCCCAGAGGACAUGGACUACACGGUGAAGAUCAAGUUCAGCUGGCUGGGCUUUGACCACAAGAUCACAGGGAAGCAGUUUUAUCGGCAGGUGACCACAGUGGGGCGCCGUCUCAGUGUCGGCAACUCCAUGAAGCAGCAGCCCCAGCCGGCCAAAGACCUGGCCUCGCAGGAGGCCAACAAGCUGUGCCUGUCCACUGUUGACCUGGACGUGAAGUGCAAAGCCAAGGAAGAGACUCAGUCCUUCAUGAAGAGUAUCCUCAGUCCCAUCUUCAUGCUGAGCCUCAUCACCAUGUGUGUGACCCAGCUGCGCCUCAUCUUCUACAUGGGAGCCAUGAACACCAUCCUGGAGUCCCUGACAGAGGGAGACCUCAGCACAGUGAGUGUUUACACGUCCAUCUUUGGCGUGCUCCAGCUUUUGUGUCUGGUCACCUCUCCUGUGAUUGGCCAAGUCAUGGACUGGAGGCUCAAGGACUGCGAGGAGGAUAAUGACAAGAGUGCCAAGAGGGAGCCUGGUCAGCCCCGUCGCAAUGACAAACAGAUACAGAAGAUCGUCAACGCCACCAGAGCCUUUAUCUUCACUAACCUACUCCUGGUUUGCUUUGGAUUCACCUGCAUCGUCCCUAACCUGCCACUUCAGAUUCUGUCCUUUAUCCUGCACACUAUUGUCAGAGGCUUCAUCCACUCUGCAGUCGGAGGCCUCUAUGCUGCUGUGUACCCAUCCUCUCAGUUUGGCAGCCUGACAGGCAUGCAGUCUCUGAUCAGCGCUCUGUUCGCCCUGCUCCAACAGCCUCUCUUCAUGGCCAUGGUGGGACCCCUGGAUGGAGACCCUCUAUGGGUAAACGUGGGACUGUUGGUGGUUAGCAUGCUGGGAUUUUGCCUCCCUCUCUACCUGCUGUGCCACAGCCGCCACCUGCAGCGCCUCAGAGACGAGCGCAAUGACGAUCCCAAGAUCUACGCCAAGAUCAACGACGACAGCAAGCCCGAGGCUUUUGUCUAGACCGUGAGGAAGAACAGAGUCAAAGAUGAUGCUUUAAAAACUGAAGAGGAUGAGCUACACUAAAAAAGAGGAGGACGGGGAGAAGAAGAGAGGGGGAGAGGGAGAGUGGAGGAGGUCACUUGCCUGUGUGACACCUCUCUCAGUUCGUCAGACAGCUCACAAAUUAAACACACUUUCACUCACACCAUUUCACUGCCAAUCUUAUUUGGUCAAUAUGACUACACACCACUGUUACACACAGUCUCACCCUCUCUGAUGCUAUACACUGUUAGAAACCUCGCACACACACACACACACACACACACACACACACACACACACACACACACACACACACACACACACAGUUCAAGCUCCACAGAGAGCUCCCACUCACUCGACUGCAUCUUGGAACUGAGGAGAAAAUAGACUGAUGGCAGACUUUUUAUAUCUCCCCAAAAGACUCUACACAUCUUUUCUUCACCUUUGUCAUUUUUAUUUCUCGCUGUUACAUCUGUCAGUGACGGUCGACUGGUUCAGCCUCUCCAGUCCAACUUACAAAAAAAACAACAAUAGAAGAAGAAGAUGCCAGCCAAUGGAAAGCCACAGCGAGGACAUUUCUAAGGUGUCAAAUGUAAGCAUUGGCACCCUUGGUCAUGGCAUCUCUGCUUCCUCUUGUGCUCCAGGGCAUUACGGAAUAACAAUCCACAGACAGCAGUAUUUGUAGCAGUUCAGAUUGAAACACACAGUAUCAUGACUUUUUAAUCAGAUAAGUUAGUCACAAAAUCACAGCAGCAUCUCUGCGUGUGUGUUACAUAAUGCAGUGUGAGGAAAAAUGGUUUCUGGGGUCAGAUAAACUACACUGCAUGAUGCCAGAGACAAGGCUGGUCCUAUAUUACUGUUUCACUCAGUUACUAAUGCAGGAAGACUGGCUCAACCUGCCAUGUUUGUCCGUGUGUUGUUUUUUUUUGCUCAUGAAUUCCUUUUGUGUGUUUGAAAUAUGUAACCUUUUUUUUUUCCCUCAAAUGUAUUUACUUGCAAUAUGAUCGCCGAUGCGUUGUUACUGUAAAUCUUUGCUCCCUAUACGUGAUCUGACGACGUGGAGGAGAAGUGUGUUUUUUAAAGGCUGGAGUGACGUAGAGAUGGCGCGACGUAGAGACGGAGCACUGCGUUAUUCCACUUCGCUGCACAAAUGAAUUUGGAGUCUUGAUUCAUUGUAGCAAUAAGUGCUUCUGUGAGGUGCUGGGAAACAUGCACACACACAAUUACACACAGACAGGCAAACGUGUACAUUUUAUUAACUGUAUUUCUAAAUCAAAAUGGUGCUAGUUGAAACACAGAAUUUUUUUUGGCAUUUUCCUUUAAGGGGCAGUUGAGGUCAUUGUUACCACAAAGGCAACACAUUGACAUCAAAUUACUGACAAGAGCUGUUUCUUUAUUCAAUGGCAAAGGGGAUUCCAAAGAAUCAAUCAGGUUACCGUUUCAAAUAACUUUGCUCUUGGCUUCUUAUCAGUUUUCUGGUAAUUCUGCACCGUAACACAAAGUGCAACCACAGCAGCAGCUCUGGGAAACUUGAACUCACCUCUUACAGACAUAAAGGUAGAUUUGCUUGAAGGUAUCAGGCUGUUAAAGACACACUUCUCCAGCCCCUGAGAAAAUGGGUGUGUGAUGAGACUCAACACAGACAAUAAAAGAGUCUUUGUCUUUGAAAGGAAAAGCAAAGAGUUGAUAUAAUACAGGGAGAUAAUAAAUUCUGUUUGAUUCAGCAUGCUGUCUUCAGAUGCCAUACAGAGAAGCUCCUCAGAUAUUUCCUGCCUGGCAGUAACUCACAGAGGCACUUCCAAAGACAGCCAUGACCCUCAGAGUGCCUCCUUAUAUGUGUUCAGAAAAUGGGAGGAGUGGAUCCAGGCAGGAUAUGGCGCACCCAAUCCCUCUUUCCCUCCAUCUAUCCAUCCAUCUAUUGCUUUCAUCCAUCCAUCCCUCUGCAAGCACGCCUUGAAAUGUUUACUGAUGACAGGUUACAGAGCUGAGAGACAAGCCUCUGCUGCAAUCAGAAGCUCGCAAUGAAUGAUUAUAAGUGAGAAACAAAUGGCACAUGAUGCACUUUAGACCCCUAGAAACGGACCUCAGUCAUGUAUUUCUGAAUGGCUUGCCAACACUGUAUCGUACACGCAAUGCAUGGCUGCUUACUAGUGGAAGAAUGUAUACUCAGAGCUUCAGAUGUAGAUUUUUUAAUACAGAACAUGGGAACGGAAAGAUGCUGUUAUUUUUUUAUAUUCACAGACUUAAACAAAAAACCCUGUUCAUUAUAUCGCCUUUAUGUACACAGACAGUGUGGCAGAGUCUUGUCUCUCACUUCAGGAACUUUCAUAAGCGUGGCUCAGAUAUAUUCAUCCUUACUGAACUGCAUGAGAUCGAGCAAAGAGAAUUGUACGGAAAAAAUUGGCAGUGGUUAUUCAAACGUGUUUAGUUAGAUGACAAAUGUGAAAAAAGCUUUUGUAAAGUGAAAAAAAAUGUUUUGUAUAGAAAACUAAAUUCCCAUUUGUACGUUUCUAUGCAUGUCAAAUUAAAUGUCCCAAAAUGUUUAAAUUGUUGUAUUUCCAAAGUGCAAAACAACAGAUCUCAAGCUAUCCAUCCAUUUUCCACCACCGGGUUGUGGUGGCAGGCUCAGGCUCUCUAAGAUAAGCCAGACAUCCUGAAUUUUGUCAUUUGUCAAUCUUUAUUUGUACGUUGUAGAUACAAACCCGCACAGAGACACUGAUUGUUUUUGCACUAUUAUUCCUUUAAAAAGUGGAAAAAAAUUCUCAUAUACUCAACAGUUGUUUCCAAAACAACGGUUUUGUACUUGAAAGAUACAACAAUGUGACUUUGUGCAUAGAAAUGUAAAAUUGAUUUGCACAAAUCUUUAAUUACGGGUGCACAAUUUUUGUUUUCGCAGAACCUUGUUCACAUUUGCCAUUCUUAUAAAACACUUGUAAAUAAUUUAACUCCACAGUGUAUCUGGUGGCGUGCUGGUGUGUCCUGUAACUAAUACUCCUGUGACUUGACAUGCUGUUAA